AUGCUCUACUCCUCUCGCAAUCUCGCUAGGUGGAGGAACCUGGCCAGAUGCACCACCCAAGCUCACCACACGACACGGUCCUCCCGCCGCAGACCACUCACGACCCUCGCGAUAGAAUCGUCCUGCGACGACACGGGCGUCGCCAUCCUCACCCGCAACCAUGACGGGAGCCCCGACAGCAAGGGCCCUACACACUCCCUACUCUUCAAUGAGUUCAUAUCCUCCGACCACCGCGAGUUCCGAGGCAUUGAGCCCAUGGUCGCCGUGAAGGGCCACACCACCACUCUCGCGCCGCUCCUGCGCAGAGCCAUCCACCACCUCCCCGACGCCACGGACGCCGACGUCACAAGCUCAAGGGAAGGCUCGAGGAGCAGUAAGAUAUGCUGGACGGAGGACGGCAGGCCGAAGAAGGUCCCCGACUUCGUGUCCGUGACGCGGGGGCCCGGGAACAUGUCCAACCUGUCCGUCGGCCUCAACACUGCGAAGGGCCUCGCCGUCGCCUGGGACGUGCCCCUCGUCGGCGUGCACCACAUGCAAGCCCACGCCCUGACGCCCAGACUGGUGAGCGCGCUGGAGAUGAAACCGGCCGCUGAUACCGGCGGCGGCAGCAACAAGAGACCGGCCCGCGGCUCAAGGGGGACCAACAAGCAGCAGCAGACCUCCAGCAACAGCAGCACAUCGCCAGAGUUCCCCUUCCUCUCCCUCCUCGUCUCCGGCGGGCACACCCAGCUCGUCUACUCCAAAUCCUUAACCGACCACCGCAUCGUCGCGUCCACCCUCGACGUCGCCCUCGGCAACCUCCUCGACCACGCCGCCCGCGACAUCCUCCCCGCCGAAGUCCUGGCCACCGUCCCGGACGUAAAGUACGGCCGCCACCUCGAGGCCUUCGCCUUCCCCCGAGGCGGCACCCAAGAUGAAUACGCCUUCUACCCGAUCCCCUCCGCCCGCGCCUACGAGCUCGCCAGCCUCGACUCGGGCUACGAGUGGUUCCUCCCGGCCCCCAUGGCAAAGGACCGCAAGCUCGCCUUCUCCUUCUCCGGCCUCGGCUCCUCCGCCUCCAACAUCGUCGCCCAGAUCUCUGCGUCUCAACACUCUUCCCCCUCAGAAGAGGUCGAGGAGCGCCGCGCCCUCGCCCGCCACACCUUCGCCGCCGCCUUCCGCCACCUCGCCGGCCGCAUCAUCAUCGCCCUCGAGGACCGCCGCGACCUCCGGGACCCCUCCCCUCCCUCGACGCUCGUCGUCGCGGGCGGCGUCGCCUGCAACCGCUUCCUCAUGCACGUCCUGCGCGAGACCCUCGCCGCCCGCGGGUACGGGCGCAUGCGCAUCGUCGUGCCCCCUCCCGCACUCUGCACCGACAACGCCGCCAUGAUCGCCUGGGCGGGGAUGGAGAUGUACGAGGGGGGUUGGCACACCGGCCUGGACGUGCUGGCCAUCAGCAAGUGGCCCAUGGACCCGGACCGGGGGGAGGGCAUCAUGGGUGCGCCUGGGUGGCUGAAGACGUAG